GUGCGAGGGAAAUAAGGAGAAGGGGAGGGAGAGGGCGAAGCUAUUUUUAUAAGGCUACGAUCGAAGAAGAAGAAGAGCGAUCGAAAUCUGGAAAUGGCUCCGGUGACGGAUGUAUCGGCGAUGAUAACCACGAGUCUGGAGGCCCCAGACGAAGCGUUCGACAAAAUAACGCAGCUGAGCUCCGGCAAACCUCCCAGGAAUCUCUCCGUAAUCCGCCAUUGCAGCAGCAGUGCCUGGUUGAUCGAUUCCGAAGGAGAUGAUAGAUUUGGUUCCAAGUCUCCAAUAAAUGAGGUUUCCAAGUUUCAGCCAAUGUUCCGAUCUGGUAGUUGCUCGGACAAAGGUCCCAAACAGUUCAUGGAAGAUGAAUUCAUAUGCGUGGACGAUCUUCAGGGGCAUCUCGGCUCUGCAGCAAAUGCCUCCCCUCCAGGAGCUUUCUACGGGGUGUUCGAUGGACAUGGCGGGGUAGAUGCUGCAUUGUUUGCAAGGAAGAACAUGCUCAAGUUCAUAGCCGAAGACCAGAACUUCACAACCAGCAGGAAGAAGGCUAUAAGGAGCGCGUUCGUGAAAACAGACCACGCAUUGGCAGAUGCCUUGUCCCUCGAUCGAACCUCUGGCACCACCGCCCUCGCUGCCCUGAUCUUGGAAAGGUGGACAAUGCUGAUAGCAAACGCGGGAGAUUCAAGAGCCGUGCUGGGGAAACGAGGGAGAGCGAUCGAGCUAUCAAAGGAUCACAAGCCGAACACCACCUCGGAAAGGCUAAGGAUCGAGAAACUCGGGGGCGUAAUCUACGACGGAUACCUCAACGGGCAGCUGUCGGUGGCUCGAGCGCUGGGCGACUGGCACAUCAAAGGAGCCAAAGGGUCCAAGUGCCCGCUGAGCUGCGAGCCAGAGCUGGAGGAGAUAGUGCUGACGGAAGAGGACGAGUUCUUGAUAAUGGGAUGCGACGGGCUGUGGGACGUGAUGAGCAGCCAGUGCGCGGUCACGAUGGUGAGGAAAGAGCUGAUGAGCCACAACGACCCGGAGAGAAGCUCGAGGGCGCUGGUGAAGGAGGCUCUGCAGAGGAACACGUGCGAUAAUCUGACGGUGCUGGUUGUCUGUUUCUCGCCGGAGCCGCCGCCGAAGAUCGAGAUCCCUAGGUCCCACAAGAGGAGGAGCAUCUCCGCCGAAGGCUUGGAUCUCCUCAAGGGUGUCUUGAACAACGACUGAUUCAGCUUGUUUUUUUUUUUUUCCCGACGCCGGCUUGUGAACACACGUUUGAGAGAUGAACUUUUUUCUGUUGUAUGCCUUUUGCUUCUGAGAAGUUUUUAACUCUUUUUGUAGUUCAAAAGCUACAAGUUUUGAUCCGAUAUUUUUCUUGCAAUAAUAAAAUUGUCGAUCAGUUUAGAUUGGA